GUUAUUUCCUUCCCAUCUCUGUCUUUCUGAUUAGUCCUUUUUUUGCAUUGCAAAUAAAAAAACAAUUCGGUAAAGAGGAAAACAGAAAAUCAACAACAUUGUUUUGUUGUUGUUUUGUAAUUUGCAACGAUGGAGGAUGAAAAUGUUGGAGAUACAUUGUUGAAUAAAAAGUAUUAUGAGAAUUGUCCUGGUUGUAAAGUUGACAAAGCAAAAGAGCUCAAAACUGAUGUAACUUUUCGAAAUCUUUUGAACAUAUGGAUGGUGGUUUUAUGCAGCUCUCUGCCUAUAGCAUCUCUCUUUCCUUACCUAUAUUUCAUGAUAAGAGAUUUCAAUAUUGCAGAAAGAGAGGAAGAUAUAAGUGCCUAUGCUGGUUAUGUAGGAUCUGCAUUCAUGUUUGGAAGAUCUUUGACAUCUAUAUUUUGGGGAGUUGUAGCCGAUCGUUACGGUAGAAAGCCUGUUGCAGUUUUAGGAAUUUUUUCAGUUAUUAUUUUCAACACACUGUUUGGCCUUAGCACGAGUUUUUGGAUGGCGGUUACUACCCGAUUUUUUCUUGGAUGUUUAAACGGUUUGCUUGGACCAAUGAAGGCUUACAGUACCGAAAUUUUUAGAGAAGAAAAGCAAGGUCUUGGCCUCUCAACGCUCAGUGCAGCUUGGGGCAUAGGCUUAGUAAUCGGACCGGCAUUAGGAGGUUAUUUGGCUCAGCCAACAGUGAAAUACCCUCAUAUAUUUCCGAAAGACUCGUUUUGGGAUAAGUUUCCAUAUUUCUUGCCUUCGUUGUCGGUAUCAGCUUUUGCAUUUGUGGUAGCAAUUGCCUGCAUCUGGCUUCCGGAAACACUACACAACCAUCCUAUAAGCAAUGAGUGUAUUGACGAUGAGGAUGAAGCUUUGGAAACUGGAAACAAAAGGAAUGAUUCGGACAAAAGCAUCCAAAAAGAUGAAAACCUCUUGCUGAAUUGGCCCUUAAUGUCGUCUAUUGUUGUGUACAGCAUUUUCUCACUUCAUAAUAUUGCUUAUCAAGAGGUUUUCUCAUUAUGGGCUGUUAGUCCUGAAAGGUUGGGCGGUUUGGACUUUACAACCGAUAAUGUAGGCGAUGUUCUCGCAAUAUCAGGUAUCGGUCUUAUUGUCUCCCAGCUUUUCCUCUACCCGUCAUUGGAAAAAGCUUUCGGACCUGUAAAAUUUGCUCGCGUCUCUGCGGUUUUAUCCAUACCUCUGUUGCAAAGUUACCCCUUCAUAGCAAUGCUUUCUGGCAUAACGCUAUACCUAGUUAUUAAUAUUGCUUCCCUUCUGAAGAAUGUUCUAAGUAUGACCAUAAUCACCGGUUUAUUUAUCGUGCAAAAUAGAGCAGUGGAACAACAUCAAAGAGGGGCAGCUAAUGGCAUUGCCAUGACUGUCAUGUCGAUAUUCAAAGCAUUUGGUCCAGCCGGAGGUGGUGCAGUAUUAACUUGGUCACAAAAACGGAUGCACGCAUCUUUUCUUCCUGGAACUCAUAUGGUUUUCUUUGUCCUGAAUGUUGCGGGAGGACUUGGAGUGGUAUUGAUGUUUACGCCGUUUUUGACAGAAAAGAAGAAACCACCCCCCGAGCAGUCAGUUACACUAACAUAACUGAAUUUUGAUUACGAAAUAAGGCAUUUUAAGGUUACUAUGCGGAAAAGUUACUAUAUUAAUUGGUUUAGAGAUUAUGGUGAUCAAGGGCUUUUGUUACUAAUUGAUUGAUGGCAGCAAAAUAAAAUAUAUAACUUGAAAGUUUUUUCUAAAAUUUCCUAGAGGAAGAAAAGGAUGAGGAAUAUUAGUGUAGAUCAAUCAUAGGAGCAGAUUCAUUCUUUCAUUUACUGUAUUUAUGUGACUGGUGUUCAAUCUUAGGAGUCUUCCAUCCUAUAUAUUUGAUAUAGGGCAUUCGCGGUGC